CCCACUGUGCGGUCGCCUGUGAGAACUCGCACUAUGCCCCCUCACAAUCCAUGCGCCUAACGGGCCCACAAAUAAUAAUAACAAAGAAGCGACAACAACAACAUCGAAACUGCGGGGGUGACAGACGACAGGGAGGUUGACAGUGUACGCAAGUCACGCAACGAAAUGGGCACGACGAAAAUACGACAACAAAAAAACAAAAUAAAUAAAGAAAACGAAAAAUGAAUAAAUAAAAGCAAAACCAAGAACAAGAACACCUACAAAAAGAACAACAGCAACAGUGGCAAGAAACCAGAAUCAGAAUCAUGUUCGGGAUGCAGAAGAAAGCAACUCAAGCAGCGACGCGACGUCGCGACGACAGAGGCUAAGCAACGGCAAAAUAAGCUACUGAGUCUGCUGCAGAAUAUGAAAGUUGCGCAUGCGCCAACGUCGACGUUAAAGCUGUUGUCGCGGACUUGAAGUCAGUUGCGAGGCAGAAGCGCGAGUGUUAAGAACGAAGAACAUAGAGAGCGGCUGUUGUUGAAUCAAGAGAACAUUGUCAAAGUUUAAAAACAUUUACAUUGCGUCCAAGAUGCUUUUGCAGACUUUCACGCUGCUGUUGCUCGGCACAUCAGCGCUAGCGUCGCUGCCUGAUGCUACGACCGAGGCGCUUGCUCCGUCUUCGACUUCGGCUGGUGGCCAGAGUCAAAAUCAAUCUCCUGGACCCAUCAAGGAGGAGCAUUUCCCAGCAGUAGCGCCAGCAGAUGCAGCGGAGGCCGCCUUAAUUGAGGCACAGCCCGGCUUGCUGCAACCACCGCUGCCCGUGUCGCCUUCGUUGGAGGCUGAGGACACAGUUCGGCGUCGCCUAAUCACCUAUGAUCAGCGCCAGGAAGGACAAUACAAUAUACGAGCAGAUCUCGAAAACUUUAUGAUUGUGCUGAUACCGCCAGGACCACAGGAGGGUCUCAGCCUCUUGGAUCUGCUGACCAAAUCUUCGUUGCGUGGCGCCUCAAAAGGUGGCAGCAGCAACAAGCGGAAGCAUGCUCAUGCUACAGCCCUCAAAUCCUUCUACCGUCAACAGCAUCAGCCACAGCAGCAACUCCAGUUGCCGCAAGGGCCCAUCUCCGAUUUCAUUGAGGGACGUACUCCCUACCAUGUAGACAUCUCGGCAGUCAGCGAGGAGCAGCAACAGCCGCGACUGCACCGCCAACAAGUGGACGUGCUGCCGCCCCAGCUGUUGCCCAUGCCGCAGUUGAUCAAGCCAUAUCAUCUGGAGGCGGAGCCAGAGCUUAUACAGGCCUUGCCACCGGUUGCCACUGCCAGCAGCAGCAGCUCGGGAGGCAACAAUCUGUUGGAAGGUUACAACCAGAUGGGAUCGCAUUAUUAUCGUAAUUCACGCUCGCUGGGCGGUGACAGUUUCCUGGACACCAAUCGCUUGUCGGCCACUGACACUGGCUCCACUUCCAAUGGACGCGCCAUCAGCGUGCCAAUUUAUCGCUCGGACAUCGCCCAAAGCCAGGUGCAACAGCACGCCAAGUCGGGCAAUGGCAACGCCCUAUAUCCGCCCAUCGAUGUGCCCGCGUACAUAAUAAACGAAGCUCAGCCGCGCCUCUGGCAGCUGGACGAUGAACCGACGCCCAUUCAACCCAAGCACUUGGUCGAUGCCGACGUGCUGAGUUUUGAGCUGCUCGGUCUCGGCUCUGAUGCUCUCGCCGAUUCGAAGACUCUGCUGCGCGAUGGCUUGGCUCGCUGUGCACCAGGCCAGCGUCGGGACAGUUAUGGCGCGUGUCGCCAGGUCGAAGGCUACUGAGACUGAGACCUGAGUCACCUAUUGAGACUGCUAAACGAAAGCGUAUACUUAAGUUAUCCAUUACCAUUUAAAUGAUAAAUGCAAACAGUUUUGCGAAAGUAUUAGACUUAAGCUACUUAGGCACAUGCUAAACAAACACAAUCAAUAAAACUCUUGAACUUCAA